AUGGAGGAUGCCAUAAACAUCGUAUCAGACUUGACCAAGUCGUUCCAGGAGGCUGAACCGGUAAGGUACAGCCGCUCGUCACCAAAGAACGACCAGGAACAGAUACUAGACGAUCUAAAAGAGAGCAAUAAGCUGCUGAAAAGACAAAUUGCACAACUAAAGACCGAGCUGAGGAACCACGACCUGGUAAAGGAGAAGAAUGACGGUCUGUUCAUGAAAUGCAACAAUGAAAGAUUCAGACACGCAAAGCGCAUCGUAUCGCUGGAGAAGGAGAUCGAGGACUUGAAAUGUAAACUGGAGCAGUGCAAGGAGGAGGAGAACAAACUGCAAGAGAACAUCGGUCUGAUCAAACAGCCAUCCGCCAACACUCUGUUCCUUGAACUGAUGAGCGGGUUCAACCUGCAAUUUUACAGGGGGAAGUGCAAGGUGAUAAAUGUGAGAAAGAACGAUGUUAUUGAAAUAGAAAUGGCAGAAUUGAAGGAUCAUGAGAUAACCAACAAGAUAUGGCGGUCCUUAUAGCGCGUGGCACCGUUGAGCGUUAGAAUAACAAAUAAAUGAUUUUAGUUGGUGCAUAGCGUUCUUA